AUGCCUCUGCCCCUCUCUUAUCCUGGCCUCAAAUGCGUUUUGGAAAACUUGGAGGCAGUUAAGCGUGUCCAUAUCAUUGGCCGGUCGCCAAGUCUUCAAAAAAUAGAUAAAUUGAUACCAUAUUGUUUGGAGAAUCUCUGUGUCGACUUUCAUGAAAUGACUAUCAACAACUUAUUGAUUACAUGUAAUGAAGAUGGGGUGAAAUUCGAGAUGAAUUGGAAAAGACUCAGCCGACAGAAGUUAGAGACCCAAAAUGAUAAAAUGAAGAAAUUGGUAAACUUUUACAUUUGCGGAAGAUCAAAAACCCGUGUGAACAAGUUGGAUUGGUUUUACAGUUUGUUACCAUGUUUCUUGGCUGUGGAUACCAAAUUUAGAGUGAACACAUUGUAUGCACUCCUCUGUGAAGACUUCGAAUUGUCACGAUCUUUUAUAGACUCUCGUAGUUUUCCUUUAAAAACUGUGGUCACUAUCCCGGAGCCCUCAAACUUCGACAGCCAAAUUGUUAAGUCCGCAGAAACUCUUAUUCUGUAUCUUCUUAUUGAUCGGACACUCACUGUUGAAGACCUCAAGAAACUUAACAACAAGACAGUGGUACUUGAAUACUGUAGCUCUUCCAUAAUUGAUAUGAUUCCUUUGAUUCAGUAUCACGUCGAGACUAAGGAUGAUAUUAGAACCACUUUUGUGAUUCCAUCAAAUUACGAAGGUGUUAUCAAUGAGAUGUUAAGUGAGUUUGAACAAGCGUUUGAUGAAUUCCGAUGUGAUUUGGACGGUGUCAAUGAGAGAUUCAUUCCCGGAUUGUCAAAGUUCUCCAUCCCAAUCAACGGUGAUUCUAAAAUCCAUGUGUAUGCAAUUGAGAAUCCUGACGAAGGUCCCAAUAAAAUAAUUGUGAAACCAGUGUCGGGAUUUUGA